UUCUUGUAUCAAAUUAACAUUAUUUCAUUACUUCUCUUCAUUUUUAAGUUAAAUAUAUUCAAUUCAUUGCAAUUUAAGCUUCGAACAAAAGUGAUAUAUAUUUAUGGCGUAUAGAACUUUAAGUAUCACAAGUUUUGUAAUAUUCAUACUUGUGUUGCUAGGCACAAUAUGUGAUGCAAAAUUGUCAUCAACAUUUUAUGACAAUACAUGCCCCGAUGCACUUAGCACAAUCAGAACUGUGAUUCGUAGAGCAGUUUCUAAGGAACGCCGCAUGGCUGCUUCUCUCAUACGCCUUCAUUUUCACGAUUGUUUUGUUCAGGGUUGUGAUGCAUCAAUUUUGCUUGACGAUAGCACCUCUAUCGAGAGCGAAAAGACUGCGCUUCAGAAUGUUAACUCAGUAAGAGGAUUUAAUGUCAUCGAUCAAGCAAAAACUGAGGUGGAGAAAGUAUGUUCCGGAGUGGUGUCAUGUGCUGACAUUAUGGCAGUAGCAGCACGAGAUGCAUCAUUUGCUGUGGGUGGUCCAUCAUGGACUGUGAAACUUGGACGAAGAGAUUCUACCACCGCAAGCAAAAGUUUAGCUUCUAGUGACCUUCCACUUUUUACAGACGAUCUUGACACUCUCAUCUCUAGAUUCAAUAGCAAGGGACUCACUGCCAGAGACAUGGUUACUCUAUCUGGUGCCCACACAAUUGGACAAGCUCAAUGCUUCACAUUUCGUGGAAGGAUAUACAACAAUGCAAGUGACAUUGAUGCAGGAUUUGCUAGCACUCGUAGACGUGGUUGUCCUUCCCUCAAUAACAAUGAUAAUAAUAAGAAAUUGGCAGCACUGGACUUGGUGACGCCCAAUUCAUUUGAUAACAACUACUUCAAGAAUUUGAUUCAAAAGAAGGGACUUCUUCAAUCAGAUCAAGUUCUAUAUAGUGGAGGAUCUACAGAUUCUAUUGUGUCUGAGUACAGCAAAAAUCCAACAACUUUUAAGUCUGACUUCGCUGCUGCUAUGAUAAAAAUGGGAGAUAUUGAACCAUUAACUGGAUCAGCUGGAAUGAUAAGAAAGAUAUGUAGCUCUAUAAACUAAUUUAGUUCUUGGACACAUAUCAAUUGGCAUUGUGUUGUUUAAAGUUUCCCUAAAAUUAUUUAAUAAGUGUUGCAUAUACUUAUCAAUUCAUUUAAGUGUAAUUAGUGUCUUUGUUUCAUUGAUCAAUAAAGUGUAAGUUUCAUUGUUUCUCUUAAUUUA